AUGUCGGCAUCAUAUCUGGAAAAACCCAAAAGAUCGAUUUCAUCGACUUUGGCAUCAUUAUUUACCAAGCAUGACGAUACGAAUAGCGAAGAUCCGAAUAUAACAAGGUCGCACAAUGAAGAUAUCAGUGAUUCAGGAUCAGUGGUCAUCAAGAGGCAAAAACGUGGCUUCGACGGUUACGAGGAAUUGGUUUGGAAUAACGAAAAAAUCACCGAUCACCCGUUAAAUCACAAUGGCAUUGAUGAUAUCAAUUAUGAUGAAAGACCGAAUAUUUUCUUGUAUGAAGGGGAUUCUGAACAUGGUGUAAGGCCUCCAGUACUAACGAUAGAACCGAAACAAAGAUUGCGGCUACUAAGGAUGCAGCAACUGCGCCGUGCUCGGCAAUUCCCACUUUUACAAAGACAAUUACAAUCAGCAGAGAACGGCCUAUAUCGCUUAACAGACGGCAAAAAUGCUACUAUAAAGAAUUUACUCGUCAACAAACUACAAAGUGACAAGAAAAAUCAUAGGGUUUCCGAUAACCCAAAGUCCAAGAAGUGGAAAGCUGAUUUUCAAUACGAUUUAUCAGAAUAUGAUAUCUUGAAAAACGACAAAAAGACGAAACCAGUAUCUGCCUCAAUGGGGAAUUUGGAAUCUCCUAAACUACCACAUCCAUUGCUAAAAAGGAGUACCUCUUCAAAGAAACAUGUCAAUACUUUUGAUCAAACAGGAGUGCCUAGUGGAUCUGGCUUAACUGAUGUUCAAAGCAGGUUAUUACAAGGAAAGACAUUGCAAAAAAAUCCAAAGAUAGCACAAGAAGUAGUUGCACCAACACUAUCAUUGAAACCUAUCGUCAAGGAAAAAAUAUCAGAAGAUAAAGUUUUAAACGCUAACGGCCCAAGUGUUGGAUUUGACUUUAUGAAUAGAGACAGUACUUCUAUUUUCCCAGGUAGCACAGAUACACCUACCAAACCAACAGUAUCCAAAAAUAUAUCUUUUGGAAAUACCAAAUUGGAUUUAUUCAACAAUGAUAAACAGAAAUUAACGGCCCCUUCUCAGGAUUCUGAAGAGUUACCAAGAAAAAAGAAAGAAUUUAGUUCUACUGAGGACACUGUUAAACCAUUUCCCUUCACAAGUUCUAAGUCGCUGGAAACAUCAACUGAACCAUCGAAACCUGCUUUUUCUUUUGAUGCGGUAAAAAAAAACAACACAGCUACAGCCAAUGGAGGCACAAAAAUCUCAGAUGGUGCUCCUUCUUUCACCUUUGGUGAUUUAUCAAAAACCAAGAAAGAGACCAAAAAAGCUGAAACAUCCAAAAACCCCUUUGAGAAAUCCGCCCCCGAACCUGUUGAAAAUCUGGCUAAAGACGGCCUCCCUAAGUUCAGCUUCACUGGUGCGGAUACAACUGGGAUAUCAAAUAUACCUACAUUUAGUUUUGGAAAAUCUUCAGAAGGCAAAGAGAUAGCUAAACCCGCCCCUUCAUUCAGUUUUGGCAGCCAAAAAGAUGCAGGCGAACCAACUAAUGUCAGUGAAAUGUCAAAACCUAUGUUUAGCUUCAACAAAGGAAAAUCAUCUACUCCAGAUCUGACCCCAUUGAGUACCUCUCAAUCAACUAAUACACCUAAACCACUAUUUCAGUUUGGUUCCAGUGGUAGUACUGAACCUGCCGCAAAGAGACCAGAUGGUACAAAAACUGAAGCACCAGUGCUGCCAUCAUUCAGCUUUGGUGGUAAACCUGUAGGAAAUGAUUCGUCAAAAAAUAUUGAGAAGGAAAAAGCUAAACCUUUCAGUUUUGGGCAAGCUUCGAAUACAUCAGCAUUUUCUCUCAACCAACAGCCUUCAGCAGACAACGCGACAGAGAAGCAGGAAGCCAAAAAUGCCGUCAGUACUGCUGUAAAACCUGCAUUCUCCUUUGGUAGCACCCCAGCAGCCCUACCUUCUGAUACAACCCCAAAAGAAGCUGCUGCACCAUCAUUUUCGUUCGGGACCACAAAGAAACCUGUUCAAGGUGAUAUGAGUUCGAAACCUGCAUUCUCUUUUGGAAGUUCCUCUGCCAUCCAGCAGCCCUCAAUUGAAAAAGCUUCCAAUGCAAUUCCUUCGUUUGCAAGUCAGAACACCAGUGGCCAGCCUGUCAGCGGACUCAAAUUUGAUUUGACAGGGUUUAAAAAUAAUAAUAGACAAACUACUCCGACUCCGUUUUCAGAUUCAUCAAAUGUUGGAUCUGCUCGUGGAAGCAACCCUCCUGUCCCAUUCUCAUUUGAUAAUGUCGUUCAACCUGGGAAUAAGAUAAGUGUAACGCAGCCUACUCAAACUACAUUUACUUUUGCACAACAAAAUCAAAAACCAUUUACUUUUACUGGAAGUGGGCCAAGCACUACCAACAGUUCACCUGCAUUUGGAACCAGUUCCAAUCAGCCUAAUGUACCUUUUUCAUUCGGCGGAAGCUCAGCUUCUUCCACUCCCCAGGUACCAGCAUUGGGUACCGGUUUCGGUAAUUCUAUGCAGACAAACACAUUUAAUCCUUCAGCCGCUGCCAAUUUUAAUUUUGGUGGUCAACCAUCUCAAAGUCCUUCUGUAGUAUUUGGAUCCCAAACCCCGCAACAGAAUCCAUCGUCCAUAUUUUCCGCUGGUCAGCAGAAUCCAGCGGACAUAUUCAAUGCGCAGGCUUCAACUCCUCAAGGAGGGGCACCAUUUCCACCGCAGCGCAAAAUUGCUAUGCCCGGUAGGAGAAGAAGAAGAGGCUAA